GAAUCAUUUUACACCUCUUCUCUACCCCCGACGAAGCUUAUCACAUUGUUCAAACUGUAGCCAGACAACAUGGGCAUCCUUGAUUUCCUCCACAAGAUAGCCGACGACCUGCUGGCCCGGGUCAAGAUGGUGCAAAACCGCCAAGUGGGAUGGCUCACCAUUGAUCGCAAGACCGGCCAGCUUCUGCGCGAGCAGCAACCCCUCUGGAAGAAAAUGAAACUGCUCCUCCUGUUCAACCCUCUCACCGAAUGGCUGGACACAACCCAUCUGAUGCGGUUAUACAUGCACCGCGAAGCAAUUCAAGAAGGCAAAGAAGAAGCCACGCCAGCGUCCCGCAACCAAAUCGCAAGCUUCAUCGACUUCUACCAUAUCAACAUGUCGGAGUUCACGCCGUCCGACAUCAACGAGUACGGGACCUUCGAGGAGUUCUUCGUGCGGGCGCACCAUCCGUCCGCGCGGCCGAUCUUCGAGCCCGAUAACCCGCGCGCCGCCGUCGUCGUCGCCGACAGCCGCGUCGUGGCGUACGAGGCCGUGGCUCUCAGCAAGACCAUCUGGAUCAAGGGCAACGACUUCUCCAUCACCAACCUCGUGAUGGACCGGCACCUGGGGCCCAAGUUCGCGGACGGCCCCGUCGCGAGCUUCCGGCUCUCUCCGCAGGAUUAUCAUCGCUAUCAUAGCCCUGUGAGUGGCACGGUACGGCUGUUUCGCAGUAUGCCGGGUGAUUAUUAUGAGGUUGAUCCUAUUGCGUUGCGCAGUCGCGUGGAUAUCUUGACGCGGAACGCGAGGGACUACGUGGUUAUCGACAGUGAGGAGUUCGGGGAGGUGUUGUUUGUGGCGAUUGGAGCGGCGCAGGUCGGCACUGUGCAGAUCCACGAGCGGUUCCAGCAGCCCGGAGCGAAGAUUGCGAAAGGGGAGGAGCUGGGUUAUUUCCAGUUCGGUGGGUCGUCGAUCAUCGUCGCCUUCCAGCGGGGACGGAUUGUGUUCGACGAGGACCUGCUGCGGGCGAGCAAGAAUGCCAUCGCGACGGACGUGGAGGUGGGCAUGAGCCUGGGGCGUGCGGCUGAGAAGGUGUAAUAGGGUGUGGUGUGUGGGGUGUGGGGUGUGAAGGGUUGACGAUGCGAUGCUAAUCGCAUACGUUACGCAGCG